CGGCUCCACUCGUUACCUCUGAAGGCAGCCUCUCAGCCAUUGCUAUGAUUGGCGGAAGGACCUGCCACUCAUCAUCACUUGUCCCGCCCCGCAGCAUUAGCGCGGCAUGGCAACGGCGAGGGGGGAGCAGGUACCUACGGUUAGGGGCUCCAGUCUAACCGGACCACAGAGAGUGCAGCAACAGCCGCAGUAGCAGCACUAUUUCCCGCCUCACUGACUGGAGAACAGCGCUGAUAAGAGGAUGCUCCACCGCCACCGCCGCUCCGCUCCCUCGCUCACCAGGUGUUGGACUAAACAGGGACGUCGUUAACAGCAGCAGAUCUUGUAUGCAUGUGCUGUGUCUCCCUGGUCCCGUACACAGACGAUCGAGAAGAUGCUGAGCCGACUAAUGAGCAGCAGCAUCAGGAGUCUGGACCGGGAAUGCAACUGCACUGUGAGGCUGCUGGACGACUCGGAGUACACCUGCACGAUCCAGCGGGACGCCAAGGGACAGUACCUGUUCGACGUGAUCUGCCACCAUCUCAACCUGCUGGAGAAAGACUACUUUGGCAUUCGAUAUGUUGAUCCAGACAAGCAGAGGCAUUGGUUGGAGUUUACAAAGUCAAUUGCCAAACAAAUAAAAUCCCAGCCUCCGUUCACCAUGUGUUUGCGAGUCAAGUUUUACCCACCUGACCCCGCUGCCCUGAAAGAGGAAAUCACCAGAUAUCUCGUCUUCCUGCAGGUUAAGAGGGAUCUCUACCAUGGCCGCCUCCUGUGCAAGACAUCCGACGCUGCUCUGUUGGCUGCCUACAUAUUACAAGCUGAAAUUGGCGACCACGACCCCGGCAAACACCCAGAGGGCUACAGCUCCAAGUUCCAGUUCUUCCCUAAGCACUCUGAGAAGUUGGAGCGGCGGAUUGCUGACAUCCACAAGACUGAGCUGAUAGGUCAGAUCCCUGAAAUAUCAGAGCUCAACUUCCUCCAGAAGGCUCAGAACCUGGAGACGUAUGGAGUGGACCCUCAUCCAUGCAAGGAUGUGUCCGGGAACCCAGCUUUUCUGGCGUUUACUCCUUUUGGAUUCACUGUGUUGCAAGGAAACAGGAGGGUCCAUCUCCUCAACUGGGAGGAGGUGACCAAACUCAAGUUCGAAGCGAAGACAUUCCAUGUAUAUGCAAAUCAAACAGAGGAUAAGAAGAUCAUACUGACGUUCUUUGCACCCACACCUGAGGCCUGUAAGCACCUGUGGAAAUGUGGCGUAGAGAAUCAGGCCUUUUACAAGUUGGAGAAGUCAAGUCAAGUCCGCACUGUGUCCAGUAGCAAUCUCUUCUUCAAGGGUAGCCGCUUCAGAUACAGUGGAAAGGUUGCAAAAGAAGUGAUGGAACAAAGUGCCAAAAUUAAGAGAGACCCUCCCGAGAUACACAGGGCCGGCAUGGUGCCGAGUCGGAGCUGCCCCUCCAUCACUCACGGCCCCCGGCUGACCAGUGUGCCCAGGACCCGACGGAGAGCUGUGCACAUCUCCAUCAUGGAGGGUCUGGAGUCCCUCCGAGACAGCGCCCACUCCACACCCGUGCGCUCCGUCUCCCAUGGCGACUCCUUCAUGUCUUCUCGAGGCAGCAUGAUGGACAGCAGCGAGGCGAGCACGUCGGCAGUCAUCUCCGACGAGGCGUACAGCCCCUCAGACAGCAUGCUCUCCACACCUGUGGCCGAACACGGGAUGGACAACCCUCUGAACCGCCACCUCAACGGGGCGCCCCGCAGCGUGGAGGACAAGGAGUCAGAGGCCGGAGCGUCGAAGGAGGGGCAGACCGCGGAGUUUUCAUCCGGCAGGCGAGCUCUGCGUUUGGUGAAGAGCAGGCCGGCCCCACCCAGCGACGCGGAGGAGCUGAACAAGUUCAUCCUGAGCGUGCUGCGGCUGUUCCUGGUCACCAUCGGGCUGCUGUUCGCCCUGCUGCUGCUGCUCAUCAUGCUCACAGAGUCAGACCUGGACAUUGCCUUCCUGAGAGACAUCCGUAAGACGCCUGAAUUCCAGCAGUUCCACUUUGAAUACUUCUGCCCUCUGCGGCGCUGGUUCGCCUGUAAGCUACGAUGGAUGGGAGGUUUCCUCAUCAGCAAGUGAAGCAGAGACAAAACACAGGCCUGCACUGAUGGAGACGGGACAUUUAAUAGAGAGAGGAGAGGGGGGGGAGGGAAAAGGAAAAGAAUGGCAGCCCUUUUCCCAAUAUCAACCCAGCUACUCUUAAGGGAGUUACUGUCACAAGCCAAGGACUGUCCUCUGAAGAGCCUUGUUUAUUAUAUCUGACCAUCACUGCGAGGAAAGAAAAUCACAUUUUACUUUGGAAAUUCAGGUCAUUUCAAGGUAUUUUAUUUUUACACAAAGCCACAGUAACAGGGUUUCAUUUAAAACACUGAACGUCUGACAGACUUCACUCAUUCAACCACAGAUAUAGUUGCCUUUAUUUUUCUAUUCAUUUAUAUCCUGCAACAUUAUUGUGAGACAGAUUGACCUUUUGUGUUUGGGAGUGUAUUGGUAACCUGAGAGUUUGAGUGAAGUUUUUAGAGCCAGUCUAGCUCAUCUUAUUUAUAUAUUUUAAAGCCAACCUUCAUUAAGCUAGAAUUUAUAAUUGUCACUGAUAAUUAAACCUGCUGUUUUGACUUGUAUCUGGGGGUUAGAGAAAGUGUGAAAUGGAAAACCUUGCAGCACUUACUGAAUGUAGAUCAGUCCUGAGUUAAAUAAUAUUUGCAAAUAAUAUGAUUGGCAACCGAGAAAUACUUGCAGCAGCUAUUUUACCCAGGAGUGACGUUGGUGCUGGUGAUAAUGUAAAGUAAUAAUGUGUCUAGUUUGUGGUCAGACGUCCAAUAACGGUGUGCUCAUGUUACCAUUUUUGUCCAGCCACUAGAUCACCGAUAACAUUAUCGUCCUAUGACUAUGAUUUAAAGACAAUUUGUAAGGAUUUAAGUAAGUAUUGGAGGUGGUAGGUUGACUGAUUUUAUAAAAUAGCAGCCAAAUAAUAGCUACAAUCAACUUCUGUGUGAAAGAAACAGUCGUCACGUUGCUGUAGUUCCUUUACAGUAGUUGUGAGCUAGCGCUGUAGUGAUAGUGAAAUGUUUGGGUUAGUUAUUUGACUCCCUCACUCUGUAGAAGGAGUUUAUCUUGAUGUGCAAUACUGUUCAUAUUCAUAAAUAAGAGUCUUUACAUUUAGGGUAACUUUGUUUUACCCCACAGUAUACGGUCAAGAGAGCUUAUUUUUAGUUCAUGUCGAGUGAGGGGUCAAUUAACUUUGUUUAGCCAUUGCUUCGUUCAAAUGUAUGCGUUUAUCUGUAAAAGCUGAAUAUGUUUAAGUCAUGUUUCCAUUUUUGUACAAACUCAUGUCUCGUUAACACAGAUUUCCUCACAGUGGCUUUUAAUGGACUUGAAGCAUUAUUUUUUACUGUGGAUGUAUAGUUAUCAACAUUUACACGAGAGCCUAAGAUAAGUCAUGUUUACGUCCUACUGCUAUCCUCAUCAUCGCACCUACCAAAGAAACCUCUGUUGUCUGAUAUUUGUCCGUUUGCACCAACAGAUGGGAACUCUGAUAUCCUCUCUCCUUCUCCAGCCUUAUUACGUAAGUGUUAUGUCACAAACAGCUUAUUUACAGCCCAGAGCAAUCAACAGCUUUAUGUAAAACCUUACAGUUAACUAAUGGUCCUUUCAACAAGUGGUAAAUUAUAGACUGGUAUAUUAUACCCUAAUACAAUAAUGUUGUAGUUAUGCAACAAGAUCAAUGGUUUAGGAUACUGAGGGGUUUAGGAUAUGCAGGCAGUAAAGUAUUAAUAUUCAAAUAUUUCACAAAAAGAUCCACAGGUUGGUAGUUAACACAAUCAGUGCUUUGAGAAUCCCUGUAGUAUUACAUGGCUUUAAAUGUUGAUUUUAUUUUGUACAUUUUAAAAUUAAGGGAAAGUUGGCGAAAUAACAAGUAGUAUUAAUUAUGUGUUUUGGGUGAGUUUGACAGAAAUAUGGACUAAUAUAUUUAAUAGAAAACGUUUUUUGUUCAGCCUUUAUUAGUUAUGUAUGUGUUUUCUUUAACUCAGAAGGUGUUUGAUUGAUUGUGUACGGUGAAAGGCAAGUCGAGGCAGAACAUGUGUUUUUACUGCGUAUCAUUUGUACUUUAAGGUCUCAUUUUAUGUUCAUGUGUAUGAAAAACUUAAUUUGAGCAAUAAAUAUAACAGAUAAUAUAAUGAUCAACAACCAUGAAACUGCAAAUGUAUACUGCUAUUGGAAAUGUGUUUUGAAUCCCCUCAGAAGGUGACCAGCCUGUAGAUGCAUGUGUGAGGGAAUGAUGCCCACUGUUCAUGAUGACACAGACGUAGGUAACGUUUUCAUGUAAAUCCUGUCUGACCGUUGCCUAAUCACUGCUCUUCCUUGACUCAUUUUAGAGAAACAGAGUAGAUGCAAAAAUGAUUGUGAAAGUAUGUAAAUGAACUGACAAAAGACUAAUUGUUUGACUAUGAAAAGGAUAUAGCAAAAUGGAAGUGGAGCGAUUUGUAUUUUUAACUCAUUUGAACACAGCAGAAGUAGCAUAGUCAACUACCUGAAUAUUUUUUAUUGUAACGCAGUUUAAUACAUUGAUUUUUGUAUUGUUUUUGCUUAAAACACUUGAACUAAAAAAGUGGGGGCCCAUUGACAGGCAACGCCAGUAUUUAUUUACCCGAGUCAUGUAAACAGGAACAAGGCGUCCGAUGUGGUUUUACUGUAAGCUUCCUUCCUGUACCGUGUUCCUUCACAUGGAAAUGUCUCUGUAAGCAUGUGUUCUGCAUUUAUUACCUCCAAACAAGACUGCUCAUUUCCAAUCACUGAAAUAAGACUGGUGUAAUUUAUUUAUGAAUAAAUGUAAUCUAUUCUUGAAAUCUGUCCGCUAGUGCAGCUUCAAGUUUGAUCUAAAAUUCACGGCAGAAACAAACCUCCAAAAUCAGUGCCUUCACAAGUGUCUCAGCAAUGUGCAUGCGU